UGUUCAACAUCCUCCAGAUUUCUUAUAAUUCUGAUCCCUCAAGUACAAUUUCUGUGCAUGUGUGAGUGAAAGACAAAGACUUAUCUUUUUUAUACUCAUAACAAACCCAUUUCUCCAUUUCAUAUUCAAACAACGAACAAUGGCUUGGGGAUCUCCAUCAAAGCCCCCUCCACCCCGCUCUUCUCUAAGGUACGUAAAGUUGUGUGUUUCUUUGUCUUCAUAUCAUCACUUGUCAACCAAGCAAUCUACCCUUUUCCUUACGUCUUCUCUCUCUUCCUCUGCCAUCUCAAAAAAACAAUUAUGUAGUACCUCAAAAACCAAAAACUAAUCAUGUUCUCGGACAACAGCAAGAUCCUCCCUCUCCUAAUCUUCCUCAUUGUCCUGGGCGCAUUUGCCUUUAUUGGCUAUCACAUCUACCUCGUCACUCAGCAAGUCUCCAAAUCUGCUUCUGACAGAAUGGCUUCCAAGAAUGUUUCUUUCUCAAAAGAUGGUGUCACAGUCGGAGUUAAAGAGAUGAAAAAUGAAAGUUACGUGGAUAGAACUCAAGGACUCUUGGUUAAGGCUUGGAAUUUAAGUACAUGGCCAUCAUACCAAUCAAGGUUGGGCUGGAAUAGUCCUAAGGAUAAUGAGAACAGUCCGAAAGUUGAAGCUAGAAAACCGUGAGUUUCGUCUUUUUCUUUUGAUGCGCCGCGAUGGAUUGAAGGGGGUUUUGGUCAGAUUAUGGCAAAUCUCCUCAAUCUCAAUCUUACCCCCAAUCUCACUCUUACCAUUCAACAAAAUGCGCCAAGCACAGCAUUCCUUCAAAAAGCCACUAACAUCCGCUUUUCCGAUUCAGAUAUUCGCGCUCCUCUUCCAGCAGAUAAAAUCAAGUCAACUGCGCACAAAUUUCGCUGAUACACCAAUCUAUUUCUUCACAUUUGUAUUACCGUACUCGUUUUCAAGUCUUCAUUAACAGAUCUUCUCUGGAACCAAACCAGAGAGUAUCAUUUGAAGCUACAGCCAAAAUCGCUUAGUUGCGCAGAAUAUGGGAUUCGAGGAAUGAUGGAGGGGCGUUCAUCGAUAUUUUGUAUUACAGUACCUUUGAGUUCUGGUUUUUAGACUAAAAGGGAUAAUCACCUGAAUUACGACUACAGGAAAAGAUACUUUUAUCUGCGCAGGACAUUGGAUCUAGGGGAGUGGGAUUACGCAGAUGGAUGAAACGUUUAUUGAUCAAAGAAUUUUCAUUUUCAUUUCAUUUUCAUAUACCCACUUGUUGGUAUAUUUUAUCAUCUCCAAGUACUUCCAUCAGCCUAUGAUAUUGGGUAUAAAGCCUCAUAAGUCUUCUGUGAGGACUAGGCUUCUUCUUUUCUUCUCUAGCUUAUGUAGUUUCAUGAAUGAAUUCUCAUAUAGACUUACGAAUAUAUGGCAA